AUGUCCAACCCAACCAAAAUCUACAAAAUCCGUUUCCGUCUCUCAAUUCCCGACCCAGAAAUGCCUCAACCCCGCUACCACACAACACUUUUCAUCCAAACACCCCUCGACACCCUCAAUGGGACGGGCACCACUCAUCACGUCACCGGGGAUCUCGUGACUGGAAUGGUGUAACAAAAACGAUUCGAGACUUCGGCACCAGAGAAUGAUGAGAUGUUCUUCUCGAAGGAGCUGCUGGGGUAUACUAAGGAUGGUGUAGAUGAGGAGGGUAUUGAAGGGGUGUCAAAGACGUUGGAACCGCCUGGGAAGCAGAAGAGGUAUAAUCAUAAGACUGGUAGAACGGAACAGUUUAAGCCCGAGGGUGGAUUUUAUGAGGUUGGGGAAGGGAGGCCUGCGAUGAGGAAGUGUACAGAGUGGAUUGAGGAGCAGGCAAUUUCGGCCCUGAGGGAGAGUGGUGUUUUGAUCCCUGAGAAAUGA